ACACGGUCUGUUUUCACUAGGGAUCAGAACGACCAAUUGUUGUGCGUGUACUCAAGGUGUUUAAAGAGCGAUUGUAAAUGGAGUACCUAUAUGUAAAAAGUGAAUUCAGAGCUAAUUAAGAAGGUCCAGGGAACACUUAACCCCCCGCAUUAAGACAAUGGAACAGAACGCCAUGCUCUACCUGCUAGCAACAGUAUCAUUAUUAUGUCUAGAACCAGUCCAUACAACUUCUCCAAUUAACAUCAGACACAGCCUAGUUAACCAAUUGCUGGACGGGUACGAGGCGACACAGGCCCCCGUGGCGGACGGUUUACCAGUUACAGAGAACGUCCAGCUGUACAUUCUGAGCAUCGACUCCAUCAGCGAUUCCAGUAUGGACUACGACAUGUCUUUUUACCUGAGACAAAGGUGGUAUGAUCCGCGCCUCCGCUUCAACGAAUCCCUGGGGAUAGAAAACAUCGAGCUUGACCCCAAACUGAUGGACAAAAUUUGGGUACCCGACCUGUACAUAAUCAACGAAAAGACCGCCAAAUUCCAUACUGUCACUGUACCCAACAAAAUGAUGUACAUAUAUCCAGACGGAUUGGUGCUGUACAGUGCUAGAGUUUCCGGGGUGUUUUCCUGUAUGAUGGACCUCCAUAAAUAUCCUCUGGACAAACAGAUCUGUGACAUCCGGAUGGAAAGCUACAGUCACAGCGCCUCUACCCUGGUGGUCCGGUGGCGGGACACACCCGCCGAGAUCUCCAGCACCCUCAGGCUGCCGCAGUUUGACAUCACCCUGAUGAGGUCCUUCUUCUGUGACCAGCAGUACAUGGGCAUAAAUUACACCUGUAUCGGACUGGACAUACACCUGGAGAGGAACAUCGGAUACUACCUGACCCAGACCUACGUCCCGUGCGUUCUAGUCGUCAUUCUGUCCUGGGUCAACUUCUGGCUGAGCAUUGACGCUGUUCCCGCCCGAAUUUCCUUGGGCCUUCUGACGGUGCUAACCAUGACGACACAGAGCUCGGCCGCGGUGCGCGGGCUGACGGUCGUAUCAUAUGUCAAGGCCAUGGAUGUCUGGAUCUUUGCCUGUCUGUUCUUUGUGUUCGCCGGACUCCUGGAGUUUGCUUGGGUAAACGUUUCCAACCGAGUGGAAAGUCGGCGGAAAUCGGUGUUAGAUUUACCUUCCCUUGUUAACGGAAACGCCAAGCGUUCGCCAAAGACAGAGAGUCCGACCAGUCAGAGGGAAGGCUUCUCUUUCACGCCAUCCAAAAACCGGGAAAAAGCCCGGAAUAUAGACCGAGUGUCGCGCUUCCUGUUCCCCGCAGCGUUUAUAUUGUUCAAUGUCGGUUACUGGUUGGUAUACCUCGUACUUUGGGAACCAGUUAUAGAUAAACACUCAGACAGUGAGGGAGUUACUAUGACUGUCAAUCUUAAUGACGACUGAUGACGUCAUUAUUCCCGCCAAUAUUCAAAUGCCAGUAUGACCAUUCAGAAUGUAACGCAUUGACGGUGUCGAGUCCAUUUUUAGAUUCCCACGUUUGUGUUCGGUGUUUUCUAUUUUAUUUUUACUAGAUCUCCAACAAUCAGUGAAAAUGACUGUGAUACAUGCAGGUACUUGGUCAAGGAUAAAAAGGAACAGAGUGCCAAAUCUAAGUGUUGAUUUGAAUAAAUCAUAUAAAA